UAAAAACGGCAUUUGGCGCGCGUGCUCAGUCAGUUGCAGAUUUGAAACGGAAACGCGCGUGUGCGCCGCAAUCGAAUUCGAUCGAGUAUUUGGAUUUCAAAUUGGAUUUUUACGCCGUUUCGGUCAAGUUCUGAAUCACUUGUAGUGACACACAUAAGGCAAGGUCGCGGAAUACCACAGUGCCCCAAAGUCAAUAGUUAUGGAAGGCCAGGCCAAGCAAGCGUACUUCGUUAAUGAAGCAUUUACCUACGAGGAGCCGCCACAAGGAGGUGGUGGAGGUGGUGCAGACGCACUGCAUCGCCGGAAAAGCGGCGGUGGCAACAAGGAACUCCAACUGGACAUGGGUGGCUUCAAGAAGGGCCAGGAAAUGGCAGGUGGCAAUGGCAGUGAUUCGCUGCCGCCUAGCAUGGACUUUGAUGACAUACUCCCCCUGAUCGGGGAGUUUGGCCGAUAUCAGAAGCUACUGUUCAUCUGCAUGAUCCCAUUCUCGUUUUUCGUGGCCUUUGUGUACUUCUCACAAAUAUUCCUCACCUUGAUACCCGAACAGCAUUGGUGUCAUGUGCCCGAGUUGGAUGGCUUGGAUGUGGAGGCCAGACUGGCGCUUUCCAUACCCAUGACCAAUGGCGAAUACAACAAUUGUUACAUGUACGACGUCAACUAUACGGAUAUACUUGCCCAGGGCAAGGUGAUGGCCGAUCCCAAGUGGCCGCAGGUCAAGUGCCGCCACGGCUGGUCAUAUAACUUCACGGAAAUACCCUACGCGACGGUGGCCACCGAGCAGAAUUGGGUGUGCGAUGACGCCGCCCUGCCCACCUACGCCCAGUCCAUAUUCUUUCUGGGCGCCAUCGUGGGAGGACUGCUCUUUGGCUGGGUGGCGGAUCGGUUUGGUCGUAUUCCCGCCCUGAUCGGCACCAAUAUGAUGGGUCUCCUGGCCGGCGUGGGCACUGCCUUUGUCAGCAACUUCUGGGAGUUUGCUAUCAUGCGAUUCUUCGUCGGAUUCGCCUUUGACAACUGCUUCACAAUGAUGUACAUAUUGGUUCUCGAGUACGUUGGUCCCAAGUACCGCACCUUUGUGGCCAAUAUGUCGAUCGCUAUCUUCUUCACUGGAGCCGCCUGCCUUCUUCCCUGGAUUGCCUACUUUUUGGCAGAUUGGAAACUCCUGGCCAUCGUGACCUCUGCUCCGCUACUUUUGGCUAUAUUCACCCCAUUCGUGGUACCCGAAUCAGCUCGUUGGUUAGUCUCCCAGGGAAAAGUGGACAAGGCCGUGGGAAUCCUGAAGAAACUUGAGAAGGGCAAUGGGCGUCAGGUGCCCCCUCAGACAUAUCAAAUCUUUACGGACAGCUGUAAGAGGAUGCAGGAGCAGGAGGCCCAGAAUGGCAAAUACUCUGUACUGGAUCUCUUUAAGUCACCAAGAUUGCGGCGAACUACUCUGCUGCUUAUUGUUAUCUGGAUGGCCAUAUCCCUAGUCUUCGAUGGACAUGUGAGGAAUGUGGGAUCACUGGGUUUGGACAUCUUCUUCACCUUCACCCUGGCCUGUUUCACGGAGCUGCCCGCCGAUACUUUGCUUACGGUGAUCCUGGAUCGGUUCGGACGCCGUUGGUUGGCCUGCAGCUCCAUGGUCCUUAGUGGAGUGUUCAGCUUAUUGGCCACUGUGGUGCCCGUGGGCAUAUACUCCGCUGCCUUGGCCAUCAUGGGUCGAUUCUUUGUAAACAUUAGCUAUAAUAUUGGUUUGCAAUGGGCGGCGGAGGUCCUGCCCACUGUGGUUAGGGCGCAGGCAGUGGCCUUCAUCCAUAUCAUGGGUUAUGUGGCCAGCAUCAUAGCACCAUUUGUGGUUUAUCUGGCCAACAUUUCCCAAGCCCUGCCACUGAUUAUCCUUGGAAUUUUAGGAAUUAUUGGUGGCUUAUUGGCGCUCCUACUGCCGGAGACCCUAAAUCAUGUCCUGCCACAAACCCUUAGCGACGGUGAGGAGUUUGGACGUGGACAAAGCAUUUGGGACUUCCCCUGUCUGGCCAAACAGGUGGACGACGAUGAGGAUGAAAAGAGAAACGCCGACGUGGAGGAGGUCCGAUCUCAGGCUUUUGUGAGGGGAACCCAGACUGGAGCAUCCCUGAAUGCCUCAACGGGUGGAGAACUGAGAUCUAGCAUCCUGCGCAGAUCGACCAAGUCACGCAACUCCACAAAGCUCUAAGAUGUACGACUAGGUAAUUAAUUGUUACUUAUAGCAGCCAAUAUUCUAUAGAUCUACCUUGCAUUUUUAGCAUCAAAUAGCCUCUAAGUGUUGUUAUAGACUUUUGUGAUACUAGAAAUAAGAAAUUCUAUGCGCCUCUACAAACAAUAAAUAAAUUAAAAAUAUUAAAGAACC